AUUUGAUGAACCUCACAUCUAUAAAUGUAAUGUGGUUUUCUGACGGUGGUGGCUGUAGCUGUUUCUUUUUCCUAUUUCUGUUAACUUUUCCGGCACUCUUCAUUUUUCCGUUGGUCGAGUUGAAGUGCGAGGUCCCCUAAAUUAGAAAAAGCAUCUGCAUUCUGCACCAACGUGUUAUUCUUAAAAAUGCGAAAACACACCCUAUUUCCUCAGAAUUUUCCGCACAAGUGGGAGCGUUUUGUGUGGGAAUUGACUCGCAGGUAGUGUUGUCGUGAAUUGUUGGCUGAGCGAGCUCCUUUGCAAUCAUGAGUUUUGUCUUCCGAGGGAGUAGGGGAGAUAUUGAAAGUGGAUUUUCAGAAUAUGUUCCUGAAAGAACCUUGAUGAGGGUUCAUCCAGCUCGCCCAGUUAAUGGCAAUUCUUUAGCUUUUCUUAUCACAGUUAUUUUGAUAUUCAUGAUAUUGAACUCCCCUCAAAUGCUACAUCAUUUUUUGCUCUGGGUUGUACUGGCUAUCUUUGUGAUGGCUACAAGUCUGAGGAUGUAUGCAACUUGUCAACAACUUCAGGCACAGGCUAGGGCUCAUGCUGCAGCAGCCUCUGGGUUGCUUGGCCAUACUGAACUCCGUCUUCACAUGCCACCAUCGAUUGCAAUUGCAACCAGAGGAAGAUUGCAGGGACUUAGACUUCAGCUUGCACUUCUUGACCGUGAAUUUGAUGAGCUAGAUUAUGAUACUUUGAGAGCUCUUGACACUGAUACUGCUCCUAGUACCCAUUCAAUGACUGAGGAAGAGAUAAAUGCCUUGCCUAUUCACACAUAUAAAAUUCCAGUCCCACCAAAGGAUGGCUCAGCCGGUCUUGCAUCCUCUUCAGGUGCAGCUGAGGUAAACAUAUGUUAACUGUCUCUGCCUUUGGUUUGUUUACCUUUUCUAGCCUAGGUUGUCAGGUCAUUGUAUUUUAGGGUUACAAUGGUGUGAAUGUGUUGCCUGGUUUUACUCAUUGUUGUUAGUUUUGUAUACUACUGGUGGUCUAUAUUGCUGUUAAUGCCUCUCAUAAGUACUUUAGACAAUGCCCCAAGAUAUAGAUAGCAAACUAUUCGAUAAUUGGCCCUAGAUGUUCUAUUCAUUCUUCAUGGUAUGCUUU